AUGUCUCGAUACUCGAAUCAGUAUCAUUCUCGAUAUGGAUCAAAUGAUACACAAUCACUUGGUAUAGAUGAUGGAAAUACAAGAAGAAGUAGAUCUCCAGCAUCACCAUAUGCUUCUGCUGCAGCAUUUACUACCUAUGAUUUAGAAGAUCAACAUCGUAAUAGUAAUUUUUAUGCUAUUCCAUCAACAUCACCACCAAUUAAUAGUCGUGAUGAGGAAAAUUUAGAUAAUCCAACAGCAUACUUUGAAACUAAUAGAAUUACAUAUUUACAGGAUGAGAGAACGCUUAUGCAAAAAAGAACUUUUACAAAAUGGUGUAAUUCAUAUUUAACAAAAGCACGAUUGGAGAUAAAUGAUUUAUUUACUGAUUUAGGUGAUGGUAUAUUAUUAAUGAAAUUUCUUGAAAUAAUAAGUGGUGAUAAACUUGGUAAACCAAAUCGUGGACAAAUGAGAGUACAAAAAAUAGAAAAUUUAAAUAAAUGUAUUAAUUAUUUAAAAAGAAGAAAUAUUCAUUUAGAAAAUAUUGGAGCUGAAGAUAUUUUAGAUGGUAAUGAAAGAUUAAUUCUUGGUCUUAUAUGGACAAUUAUAUUACGUUUCUCUAUUGAUAAUAUUGUAAUUGAUGAUGUACCAGGAGAAAAGAAACAGGCAAAAGAUGCACUAUUAUUAUGGUGUCAAAGGAAAACAGCAGGUUAUACAAAUGUUAAAAUUGAAAACUUUACAACAUCAUGGAGAAGUGGUUUGGCUUUCAAUGCUUUGAUUCAUUCACAUAGACCUGAUAUUAUUAAUUAUAGUUCACUUAAUCCUAAUGAUAGUAUAGGAAAUCUUAAUAAUGCUUUUGAAAUAGCUGAAAAGAAACUUGAUAUUGCUAGAUUAUUAAAUGCUGAAGAUGUUAAUAGACAUCCAGAUGAAAAAUCUAUUGUAACAUAUGUAUCAUUGUAUUAUCAUUACUUUGCCAAACAAAAAAUGGAAGAUACAGCUGCAAGAAGAGUUGGAAAUUUUAUUGGUAAAAUUAUGGAACAAGAUAAAUUAGAAGAUUACUAUGAAACUCUUAGUAGUGAUAUUUUAAAAUGGAUUAAUGAUACAAUUAUAUGGUUAGAAAGUGAUGUUUAUCAAAAUUCUUUAAAAGGUAUUCAAAAAGAUUUAUUUGAAUUUAAGGAAUAUAGAACAGUCAUUAAACCACCUAAAUUUCAAGAGAUGGGUGAACUUGAAGCUAGAUUUUUUGAAAUACAAACUAAAAGAAAAGCUUUGUCAAGAAAAAGUUAUAUUCCUCCAAGAGAUAGGACUAUUAAAGAUAUUCAAGAUGCUUGGGCUAGACUUGAAGUUGCUGAAAGUGUUAGACAAGUUGGUUUAAUUGAAGAACUUCGUAGACAAGAAAGACUUGAACAAUUAUCAAUGAAAUUUUAUAAGAAAGCUCAAAUUAGAGAAUCAUGGUUAAGAGAUAGAUUCUCAGCUAUUCAAUCAUGUGAAAAAGUUAAUUUGAAUAAAAUUAAUGAUGCUGUUAAGAUGAUUGAAGCAUUGGCUGCUGAUAUAUAUUCUCAGGAAGAAAAAUUCUUAUCACUUAAUGCUAUGGCAAAAGAACUUGGUACAGAAGGUUAUCAUGAAUAUAAAAAAAUUGCUGAAAAAGAUAGAGAAAUUUCAAUGGAAUGGGAUAGAUUAAAAAGAACAUUAGAAAUUGUUAGAAGUGAGUUAAGAGGUUUCAAUGAUUUAACAGAUCUUCUUGCUCAUAUUGAUGAAUUGGAAAUUGAAUUAACAGAUUAUCAAAAUUCAUUACUUAGUGCAAAAGUUGGUAAACAUUUAUUAGGAGUUGAGUAUUUUAUUGAAGAACAUAAACUUCUUGAAACUGAUAUUAGAGCUAAAGAAGAUUCUAUUAGAAAGUAUGAAAAACUUGCUGAUAAAGUUGUUAGACAAAAUAAACCUCAAGCUGAAGUUUUAUCUAAAAAACUUUCAAAUGUUAAAAUUCAUUAUAAUAAUGUUGUUAAAUUAUGCCGUGAACGUUGUGAAACAUUAAACAAAGCACGAAAAUACUUUUUAUUUAUUCAAAAUUAUGAAGAAGAACUUGUAUGGUUAGAAGAAAAAGAAAAUUUAUGUGAAGGAAUGUUAAAUAAUAAGGAUAUUAGUACUUUCCAACAAACUUCUAAACAAUUUAAAUUAUUAGAUACUGAAAUUCAAGCACAUAAGAAAAAGAUUAAUGAACUUUUACAGGAUGGGCAAAAUUUACUUCCAACAAUUGGUUCCAAAGAUGAAAUCAAACAUAAAAUGGAAAUCAUUCAAUCUAAAUUUGAUCAUCUAAGAAAGUUAACAUCACAACUUGCUAAAUGGUUAGAGGAAGCUGAACAAGCUCGUAGAUAUUUCCAAGAUGCUAAUGAAGCUGAAAGUUGGAUAAAUGAAAAAAUGCCACUAGUUAAGUCAACAGAUUAUGGUCAUGAUUUACCAUCAGCAGAAAAUUUACUUUCAAGACAUAGACGUAUUGAAGAAGAUAUUUUGUCAUAUCGUAAUGAUAUCCUUCGUUUAGAUGAAGCUGCACAAAAGUUGUCAAAAACACAAUUUACUUCAUCACAUAAUACAUCAACUCAAAUAUCUGAAUCUGUUGUACCAAAAGUCAAAGUAACAUACUCUUAUGAGGGUAACGGUUUAUCAGUUUAUAAAGGAGAAAUUGUUGCUUUGAUGGAUAAAACUAAUGAUGAGUGGUGGAGAAUUCUUAAACAGACAGGUCAAGAAGGAUACAUUCCAGCUAAUCAUUGUAAAAUUCUUCCAGGAGAAACUGUUGUUAUUACUCAACAAAUUCAAUCAACUAGUGGUAGUAAUUCUAAUGAUGAUGCUGUUCAAAUUCAUAUGAGACAAGAAAAAAUAAAUAAUAAUUAUAGAAAACUUGUAAAAUUAGGUGAAAAAAGAACAGCACUUCUUAUUGAUGCAACAAAAUUAUUUAAAUUUUACAAUGAAUGUAAUGCUUUCCGUGAAUGGGCAAGUGAAAUAAAAAAUAUUCUUCUUGAGGAAAUUCCAACAGAAAAUUUAGAUGCUUAUAGAGUUAAAUUUAAUAAACUUGAAAGUGAAAUUAAAACUAAUGGUGGUACACAAUUAAAAAAUAUUAAUGAUAUGGCUGAUAGUUUGAAUGAUGAUAUGCAUUCACAAUCAUCUGAUAUAAAAGAUCACAAAGAUCAAGUUAAUUUAAUUUGGAAUGAUCUUCAAAAGAUACUUAAAAGAAAGGGAGUUGACUUAGUAACAUUAGAAAAAGUUCAAUCAUUUUCAGAAAAUUGUAAUGAUUUAAAAUCAUGGAUGGAAGGUAAAUAUCAUUUAUUGUCAGAAAAAGCUCCAUCAGAUGAUAUUGAUAGUUUAAGAUUAAUUCAAAGACGAUAUCAAAAUCUUGAAAGAGAUUUAGCUCCAUUAAAAAAACAAAUGUCAACAUUAAAACAUCUUGGUGAAGAAAUAAAAGGAAAACAUCCAGAGUAUGCUGAUAUGGUAGACAAACAACUUAAAGAAUUAGCAUCACUUCAUUCUAAAUUAUUAAGAUAUGCUGAAGAAAAAAUUAAUCUUGCUAAACAGGGUCAAGAACAACAAAUAUUUGAUAUGGAUUCUAAAAAACUUAGUAUAUGGUUAGACAAAACUUUGGAUACAUUAAUGGAGGAUAUUAGUGGAAAUAGUUCACCAGAAGAACUUUUGAAAAGACAUAAUGAUCUUGGAACAGAAAUAGAUACAAAAGAAUAUGAAUUUGAUUAUCUUAGGGAACUUGGUAUGAGACUUCUAGAACAAAAUCCUUCUUUAGAUGAUGUUAUAAAAAAAUGUAACGAACUUGAAAAUGGUUAUGGAAAAGUUAAAAAAUUAUGGGAUGCUAAGAAAUAUAAUAUUGAAAAAUUGAUGGACUUUAGAUUGUUUAUGCUUGAAGCAGAUAGAAUUGAUGCAGUAACAAAAGGACAUGAAGCCUUUUUGAAUAUUAAAGAUUUAGGAGAUUCAGUUGAAGCUGUAGAAAGUUUGAUAAAAAGACAUAAAGAUUUUGAAAGUAAAAUUUUUGCCCAAGAAGAUAGAUUAAAAACAUUUUCUCAUAAUGCUGAUUUGUUAAUAAAAAAUAAACACCCAGAAAGUGAGAUUAUUGAUGAAAGAAGAAAUCAAGUUCUAGAAAGAAGAGAUGAUAUUUAUAAACUUGCUUCACAAAGAAAUGCACAAUUACAUCAAGCAUUAAGUUAUCAAGCAUUACGUAGAGAUGCCUUUGAAUUAAAUUGUUGGAUGGUUGAGAAAAAAGGUAUACUUGGUGAAGAAGAUUUAUCUGAUCCAAGUGCAUUAAGAAGGCACCUUCAAAGACAUGAAAAAUUUGCAGGUGAAUUAAAAUCAAAUUAUACAAGACUUCAAAAUAUUAAUGCUGAGGGUGAAAAAUUAAUUAAUCAACAUCAUUCAGAAUCAAAGGCAAUAAAAAAAAUUCUUGAUAAUCUUAAUUCUCAAUGGGAAGUUUUAUCAUCAAUGGCUGAUGUCAAGGGAAUGCAACUUCAGCAGGCUGAUGGAAAAAAAAUAUUGGAAGCUCAACUUAAAGAUGUUAAUGAUAGACUUGAUGAAACACUUUUAGCAUUGAAAUCAAAAGAUUAUGGUUCUGAUUUGACAAGUGUAAAGAAAUUAAUUACUAAACAAGUGACACUAGAUACUGAAAUAGUAUAUAUUGAAAGUAAAGUACAAGAAAUUGGUAAAAGAGGUCAAGAAAUGGUUAAUGAAGGUCAUUAUGAUAGUGAUAAUAUCUUAAAUAAUAUUAAUAAUUUAAUAAUAAAAUUUAAUGGUAUAGCAGAACCAGUCAAGAAUAGAAAAAUUGCUUUAAAUGAAUCAUUAAAAUUACAUCAACUUUAUUUCGAUGCUGAUCUUGAAUUACAAUGGAUAAAAGAGAAAUUACAAAUUGUUAAAUCUGCCCCAAUAGGAAACAGUUUGACAGAGGCAUCUAAUCUUCUUAAAAAACAUGAUCAAUUAGAGGCUGAAGUUGAGGGUCACCAAAAGAAUAUUACUGAUAUUGUUCAGACGGCAAAUAAUUUAAUAAAAGAAGGUCAUAAAUUAAGUAGGCAAAUAAAAUUGAAAUCUGAUCAAUUAAAUGAUGAAUGGAAUCACCUUCGAUUAGCUGUUAAUGAUAGAAAAAAUCUUUUAGAAUAUUCUUUACAAAAAGAAAGAUUUUUAUUUGAUGUUGGUGAAAUUGAAGCAUGGAUUGUUGAGAAAUGUCUUAUAAUAGAACAUACAAAAUUAGAAGAUAUUGAUGAAAUUGGUGCUCAAAAGUUUUCAGCUCGUUUAAAAUCUCUUGAAAAUGAUAUGACUAUAUAUAAAGGUUUACUUGAAAAAUUAUCACAAAAAAACAAAGAAUUAUGUAAAAAAUCUCCACCAGAAGAUGUUGAAAUUUUCAAAGGAAAAGAAAUGAAAAUAAGAGAAGAUUUUGAAAGAUUAAAAAAUCUUAUUAAUGCAAAAAAAUCAGAAGUAAAUAAUUAUUUAGCUUUUCAAAAUUAUAAACAUGAAAGUGAAGAAUUAGAAGGAUGGAUUAAUGAACAGCUUAAAAUAGCUACAUCUUCAGAUUAUGGUAGAGAUUAUGAACAUGCUACAGAUUUAAAGAAUAAAUUUGAUGAAUUUGUCCAAAAUGUUCAAGUUGGAAGUCAAAGAUUUGUUCAAUGUGAAAAUGCUGUAAUUCCAUUAACUGAAAAUAAUCCUAAUUAUGCUCCAUUUGUUUUGAAAAGACAAGAAGAUCUAAGAUCAGCCUGGAAAUUAUUACUAGAUUAUAUUCAUGCUCGAGAAGUUAAAUUAAAUAGUUUUGAAAAUCUUCAUAAAUUUAAUAGUGAUGUUGAAGAAAUGUUACAAAGAUUGGAGGAGAAAAGAAAUGGUAUGUCAAAUGAUUUAGGUAGAGAUUUAAAACAAACAAUGAAAUUAAAAACUGAUCAUGAAGUUUUCCAACAUGAAGUUUCUUCAAUGGAAUCUUCUGUACAAAAUAUUAUUGCAUAUGGAGCUUCUCUUAUGCCAGAAUAUUCUGAGGAAACUGGAAAAGGUAUUGAGGAAAGAAAUGUUUUAUUAGCUGGUGCAUGGAAUGAUUUAAGAGAUGCUGUUGUAGAUAGAAGAAGUAAAUUGCUUGCAGCAUAUGAUUUACAAAGAUUUUCUGCUGAAGCCAGAGAUUUAAUGACUUGGUGUGAAAUGAUUAUUCAAGAAAUGAUGGCUGAACAGAGUAUAAAAGAUUUACAAGUUGCUGAAUGGAUAUUAACAGAACAUGAAAGAUUAAAAGCUGAAAUUGAUGGUAGAGAAAAUGACUUUGAUCGAGUUAUUGCUAUGGGACAAGAAAUGGUUGAAAGAAAACAUUAUGCUUCUAAUGAAAUAGAAGAAAAAAUUUAUCAUUUAAAAAAUUCAUUAAAAAAAUUAAUUAAAGAAUGGGGAUUAAGAAAUCAAUGGUUAUAUCAAGUUGUACAAUUCCAUAGUUUCCAAAGAGAAGCUAAACAAAUUAUUUCUGCUAUCAAAUCAAAAGAAAAUACUAUUAAAGGAUUUUCAUCUGUUUCACUUAAUGUAACUGAUAUUGAAACACAAUUUAAAAAACUUGAAACACAAAAAAAAGCAUUACUUGGUAUCGAGAAACGUGUAGGUGAUCUUGGUACAACAGCAGCAAAAUUGAUAGCAGAAGGACACAUGGAAACAACUAAUAUUACUAGAUGGGAUAAAGAAGUUAGAAAUCAUUUACUUGGACUUAAUAAUCAAGUAGAAAUUCAAGAGAAUUAUCUUUUAUCAGCAUUAAGUUUGGCUAAACUCGAAAGUUCCAUAAUGGAUAUGCGUUCAUGGAUUGAUGAGAAACAAAGAAAGAUUGAUUUUGAAAAAGAGGAACAAGAAAAAUCAUUAAGUUUAGAAGAAAAAAUGAAACUUCUUAAAAAACAUCAAGCAAUUGAAGCUGAAAUAAAUAGUAAUCAAGACAAUGUUAGUGAAAUAAAUAUAAAACUUAAUGAUCUUAAAAAUACACAACCAUCAAAAAUUAAAGAAGCAAUUUUGGAAGAGGGAAAAAAUAUGAACAAACAAUGGCAUGAACUUAUAACUACUUCUCGAGAAAGAAGUGCUGCUCUUGAAGAAGCUAGGGAUCUUCUUAAUUUUAAUCAACUUGUUGAAAGAGUUUUAAAAUGGAUUAACGAUAAAGAAUUAAUGUUAACAGCAAAUGAUAUGGGAAGAGAUCUUGAACAUUGUUCAUUAUUACUUGAUAAACUUGUUGGUACACGUGCUGAUGUUAGUGUUGAUGAUUCUACUAUUCAAAAUAUUCAUCAACUUGGAAACAAACUUUUAAAACAAAAUAAUAAUGAUCAGUAUGAUGUUGAGAGAAAAUUAAAUGAAUUAACUGAGGCAUGGAAAAGUUUGAAAGGAAGAAUUGAUAAAUAUCAUAAAAAUCUUCUUUCUGCCAAAGAGGUUCAUCAAUUUAAUAGAGAUGUAGAUGAUACAGAUGAAAGAAUUCAUGAAAAAUAUAAUUUACUUCAAAGUGAAGAUGCUGGAAAAGAUUUGUCAUCGGUUUCUGCUCUUAUGCGUAAACAGGAUACCAUUGAAAGAGAUAUGACAGCUAUUCAUGCUAAAUUAAAGGCACAUGAUGUUGAUGCUGAAAUUCUUCUUGGUAAAGAUGCUCCAUUAAAAGAUUCAAUUAUAACAUCAUUAAGAAAAUUAGAAGUUUCAUGGGAAAAAUUAGCAGAAGCAGCUCAUAGUAGAAGACUAAUAUUACAACAAUCAUCAGAUUUACAUAAAUAUUUUGAUGAUGUUAAAAAAGCUGAACAAUGGAGUAAUCAAAUGAGAACAAGAAUAACUUCAUAUGCUACACCUAAAAAUGUAUCUGAUGCUGUAGGUUUAAUGGAUAGUCAUAAAGAAAAAUGGGCUGAAAUAGAAAAUAGACAAAGUGAAUUAAAAGUAUUGAGAGAAUAUGGGCAAACUAUUGUUAAUGAACAACCACAACAUAAAAGUGAAAUUCAAAGAACACAAAGAAGAUUACAAAAUGUUGAGCAUCAAUUAAGACAAUGUUGGGAAAAUGAAAAUCAACAAUUAAAAAAAUAUUUAGAAAUCCAACAAUUCUAUGAAUUAGUUUUGUUAACUGAAAGUUGGUUGGCUGCCAAAGAGGCUGUUGUUGGUCAAAAAGAUUAUGGAGAUUCAUUGGAAGCUGUUAACGCUUUAUUGAAAAAGCAUGACAACUUUGUUUCAGUUCUUUAUCAACAAUCAGACAAAAUACAACAUUUAAAGGAUAAGGCUGAUUCUUUAGAACAAUUAAAUACAAACGAUGUUGAAACAGAAAAAGUAUUUUCUAAGUACAAUGAAAUUCUUGAAAGAUAUGAAGCUUUAAAAAUUGCCAUAGUUGACAAGAGAAGUAAACUUCUUGAUUCCAGAGCAUUACAUGAUUUCUUAAAAACAAACAAAGAAUUUAUUACAUGGAUGAAUGCUAAACUUCAAUUGGCAUAUGAUGAUACAUUUAUUGAUGCAACUAAUUUAAGAACAAAAUUACAAAAACAUACUGAUUUUGAUUCUGAAAUAGGUGCUAAUGAAGGUAGAUUACAAGCUAUUAUUGAUGAAGGAUCAAAAUUAAUAAAAAAUGGGCAUUCAGAAAGUGAAUUAAUUAAAACACAACUCGAUGAAGUUAAUGAAGGAUGGUUAGAAUUGAAGGCUAAAAGUGCUAAUACAUUAAAAUUAUUAAAAGAAAGUUAUGAAGUUUGUCAAUUACAAAGAAAACUUGGACAAUUAGAUAAAUGGAUGGAUCAAAUUGAGAUUGAUCUUUCAUCUGAUGAUCAUGGUAAAGAUGUUUUAUCUGUUGAAGCAUUAAUUAAGAAACAUGGAACACUUCAAACUGAAAUAAUUGCUAGAAAAGAUAUUGUUAAUGAAACUGUUCAACAUUGUUUAAAAGCUAAAGAAAAAUGUUAUGAAAAUAUUGAUAAUCUUAUGGUUCUUGCUGAUCAAGUAAAAAAUAGAUAUAAUGCUCUUGCAGAACCAUGUCAAAUAAGAAAAGAAAAUCUUGAAGAUGCUUAUAUUUAUUAUUCAUGGGUAAGUCAAGCUAAUGAUGAAAUUGAUUGGAUUAACGAAAUAAUUCCAAAAUUAUCGUCAACUGAUUAUGGGGAUUCACUACAAGUUGCUCAAAGUUUAAAUAAAAAACAUCAAAUACUUCAACAAGAAGUCAUUUCUAGAGAAAGUGCUUUAAAUGAAAUUCAGAGUGCAGCUUUUAAAAUGAUUAAGAAUAAUCAUUUUGCUACAAAUGAAAUAACAGAAAGAUUAGAUAAAAUGAAUAGAAGUUUUGCCUAUCUUAAUGAUCUUUUGAAGAGUAGACAACAAAAAUUGAGUGAAUCUCUUCUUUCACAACAAUAUUAUGGAGAGGCAUGUGAAGCUGAACAAUGGAUUAGAGAUAGAAUGUCACUUGCAACAAAUAAUGAAACAGGUUCUGAUCAAGCUUCUGCAGAUAGUUAUUUAAGAAGACUUACAGCAUUAGAAAAAGAAAUUAAAGGUUUUGAAGAUGAAAUCAAGAGACUUGAAAAAGUUUCAAAUGAUUUAAUAGAAAAAGACCACUUUGAUUCAGAUAAAAUUCAAGCUAAACAAUAUAAUUUGAACCAAUUAUAUUCUGAUAUCAAAGUUAGUUGUGAAGAAAGACGUCAACAAUUAAUAAAUGCCUACAAUUAUUAUAAUUUUGUUACCAAUGUUGAUAAUCUUUCAUCAUGGCUCUCUGAACGGGAACGUAUGGCAGCCUCAGAAGACUAUGGUAAUGAUCUUGAGGAAUGUCAAGAGUUAAUUGAGAAAUUUGAACAAGUUAUUAAAGAAUUAUCUUCUUCUGGAGAAAAAGUUUCAAGUUUACAAAGAACUCAUGAUGAUUUAUUACGAUCUUCCCAUCCAUUUGCUCCAUCAAUUAAAGCAAAAGGAACUGAAUUAACUUAUUUAUGGUCUCAUGUAAAUGAUCUUGCUAAUGAAAGACAGCAAGCAUUAAAUGGAGCUAAAUUAGUUCAUGAAUUUGAUCAAACAGCCGAUCAAACAAUGUCAUGGCUUCAAGAAAAAGAAGCUAUGAUGGCUGCUAUGGAACAAGAAGAUUUGACAAAUAUAGAUUUAGAAAGUAUUAAAAUGUUGUACCAAAAACACAAUGUAUUUGUUAAUGGACUUGGAGCUGUAGAAAAAAAAGUUGAUGAAUUAUGUAAGAAUGCUCAUAAACUUCAAAAAGAUUAUCCAGCAACACAGGAACAUAUUAGUGUUAGAAUUGAUGAUAUGGUAAUGCAAUUGAAUGAUAUUAAAGAAGAUGCCCAAAAAUAUUAUUUGAAAUUAUCUGAAACUGAAAAUCAUCAAGCCUACUUCCAAGAAUAUCGUGAUCUUCUAGCUUUUGCUAAAGGAAUGCAAAGUCAAAUUGUUUCAGAAAUUCUUCCAAGAGAUGUUGCUGGUUGUGAAGCAUUAAAUGGAAGGCAUAAAGAAUAUAAACAAGAAAUUGAAACAAGAACUGUAGCUAAAAAUAAAUUUAUAUCUGAUGGUCAAAAAUUAGUUUCCCAAAAUCAUGUAUUAUCUAAUGAAAUAAGUGAAAAAAUUAACUAUUUAGAGGAAGUUUUUGAUAGAUUAAUUAAAGUAUGGAAAAAUCAUGCAGAUUUCUAUGCUCAAAAUAUGGAUCUUAGGCAAUGGUUACAUGAAGCAGAUAUGAUUGAAAAAUGGCUUAAUGAGAGACAAAAUCAAUUGACAGAUGAAUGGUGUACAGUUUCAUCAGUUGAGGGUGCCGAAAAAUUGAUCAGAGAUUUUGAUGACUUUUUAGUUACUCUUGGUAGUCAAGAAGAAAAAGUUGAAGCAAUAAAAAGAUUAACAAUGUUAGAGAAAAAUUAUUCACAAAUGAAAGAAAGAGAAAGUCAAAUAAUUAUGAGUAGAAGUGAUACACAAGAAAAUAGAAGAGAUACACAAGCUAUAAAAAUAAUGGAAAAGAAAGAUAUCUUGAAGGGUAAAAGAGCUGAUAGAGAAAGAAGAAGAACACAAGAAGUUAGUAUUGUUAAAAGAAGUCCUUCAAAUGGUAAUGGUUUUGGUAAUGAACCAGCAUAUGAAAUUGCUGCAGCAACUUUACCAAGAAAUAGAAAUAAAGCAUCAAUCGGUUCAGAUAAUGUUGUAAUUAAUGAACUUUUACCUCCAUCAGCUCCAAUUAAAAAAGCUCCAAGUAGUGAACAUGUUGAAGCAUUAAGAAAAAGUACAGAAUUAAUAUUUUCAGAGAAUACAUCAGAAAGACCAUUAACAUUACCACGUAAAGGUGCAUCAAAAACACCAGGAUUCUCAACACGUCGUAAUCAAAGUAUUGUCAAAAUACGUAAUAUAUCUGAUAUUAAAGCUAUUGAUAUGUUUGGUUAUGUGGAACGGAAACAUGAUCUCCAAUCUGGUGGUAAGAAAGCUCCAUUGCGUUCAUGGAAAUCAUAUUAUAUGAUAUUAUGUGGACAAUUAUUAUGUUUCUUUAAAGAUGAAGAAUCAUAUAUGGAAAAUGCAGCUUUAGCACCACCAGUAUAUAUACUUGGAGCUAAAUGUAGAUAUUAUCCAGAGUAUGUUAAAAGAAAAAAUGUGUUUAAAUUGACAACAACAGAUGGUAGUGAAUAUCUCUUCUCAGUUAAUCUUGCUCCACAAAUGCAAGAAUGGAUAAAUAAAAUUCAAUUCCAUGCUAGUUUAGCUCCUAAAAAUCAGUUGGAAAGUUUUGAUAAUGUUGUUGAAAGCAUUAGAAGGGAAGAAGAAUUAAAUGAAAGGGGUAGUAAACACUUAGCACUACCUCCACAUAAAACUAUCAUUGAAGAAAAUGAAUAUGAUUCUUCUCCAAGAAAAGUUGAUGAAUCGAGAGUUACCCAACAUUAUAAAUAUGAAGAUGACAAAGCAAUAUAUUCAGAAACUAAAACAUUAACAACAACACGUUUUUCAACAGGUCAAUCUUCACCAAUACAGGCAGAAAGAACUCCAAUACGUAGUAUAGGAACAACAAGUGAGGCUGAAUUUGUAGAAUGGGUAGAAAAUUCACAACCAUCUCCAAAAUCAGUAAAUAGUUCUAUUUCUCAAAUAGAUUGUGAAGAAGGAAAAGUUAAAAGAAAAGGAUUUUCUCUUUUUAAGAGAAGUAGUAAAAGAAAUUAA